AUGACGUCACUCACAGCGGCCGUCUCUGGCGACAGACUAGAGGACUCUGUUAGUGCUGCUUUCAUCUGGUGCUCCUCUGCUUCUGGUCUCUGCUGGUUCUGCUGGUUCUGGUCUCUGCUGGUUCUGGUCCUGGUGUUUCUGGUGGUCCCGGUGGUUGUUGUGGUUCUGGUCCUUGUGGUUCCGGUGGUUCUGGUGGUUCUGGUGGUUCUGGUGUUUCUGGUGGUCCCGGUGGUUGUGGUGGUUCUGGUCCUUGUGGUUCCGGUGGUUCUGGUUCUGGUGGUUCUGGUGGUUCUGGUGAUGGAGCGAGGUGAGAGUCUGCAGGAUCAGCUGAGAUGUCCCGUCUGUCUCGAUGUCUUCACGGAUCCUCUGAUGUUACUCUGUGGACACUCCUACUGCAGGUGUUGUGUGCGCUCCAUGACGAUGGACCUGCUGGGUCAGCUGACGUGUCCCUUGUGUCGCUGUGCCGUGGACGGAGACAGUCCUCGUCCCAACGUCAGCCUGGCUCGCAUCAUCGAGGCUCUGCAGGAGGUGAGUGUUUCAGGUGGAGAGAAGGUGAGGUCGUGUCCUCAGCACCACAACCCGCUCAGCCUUUACUGCGAGGACGAGCGCACCGUGAUCUGUGGCCUCUGUGGAAGCAUCGGGGCGCACCGCGGACACCAGAUCACUCCGCUCAGCUCCGUCUACAGCCGCAUGAAGGAGGACAUUUCCUGUCUGAUGACUGACUUCCAGCAUCAGAAACGUAAACUGGAGGAUCAGAUCUGUAAAAUGGCAUACAACAAAUCCAGGAUCACUAAUGAGUCUGACGUGCUGAAGUGGGUGGUGAGGAAGGAGUUUGGUGAGCUGCGGCGCUGGCUGGAGGUGGAGGAGGCGGGGUUUAUCCAGGAAGUGGAGACGUCAACCGCGGUCCUCAUCUCGUCCCUCCAGAACCAGACGGACCAGUUAAACCAGAACCAGAACCAGCUACAGGAUGCCCAGAAGAUCCUGCAGGACCUGAGCAACGAGGGACACCUGGACUUUAUCACGAAGUACGGAUCAAUUGCUCCGAGGUUCAGAGAGAUUCAGCAGCUCCAGCAGAAGGAGGAGAGAAGAUUCAGCUCGGUAAACUUUAUUACUGGUUUCAACCACAACGACAUUAAACUCACGGUGUGGAAGAGAUUACAUCGAAAAGUCCUGCCAGCACCAGAGCAGUUGAAGCUGGAUCCUCAGACUGCUCACCCGAUGUUGGAGCUCCGUCUUGGGGACACGGUGGUGAGCUGUGGGGCUCUGCUGCGGAGGCUUCCUGAUAAUCCUGAGCGGUUCAGUAUCAGUUACUGUGUCCUGGCCAACCGAGGCUUCUCCUCCGGGAAACACUACUGGGAGGUGGAGGUCGGUACUAAACCUAAAUGGCGCCUGGGUUUGAUCAAAGGAACCACUAACCGUAAGGCGAAGCUGGGGAAGAGUCCAGAGAGUGGAGUGUGGAUGAUUGGACUGAAGGAUGGUGUUUAUGAAGCCUUCCUGUCACCUCGGGUGGUUCUUCCACUGGUGUGCCCCCCCCGCCGGCUGGCACUGUUCCUGGACUACGAGAACAGACGUCUGACCUUCUUCAACAGCGACAGUCCUGACGAGCUGGGCUUCAUCUACAGCUUCAGCCUGGAGCUGCAGGGGAAGGUCUUCCCCCUGCUGGAUGUCUGCUGGCAUUACAGGGGAGACAACAAACACCCCCUGGUCCUCCCCCAGCCUGGCAGGGACCACCUGCCCCCUCACCCAGCCCCAGAAACCCAGCCUGGCAGGGACCACCUUGCCCCUCACCCAGCCCCAGUCCCCCAGCCAGGCAGGGACCACCUGCACCCUCACCCAGCCACAGACCCCCAGCCUGGCAGGGACCACCUGCCCCUUCACCCAGCCCCAGACCCCCAGCCUGUCAGGGACCACCUGCCCCCUCACCCAGCCCCAGACCCCCAGCCUGUCAGGGACCACCUGCCCCCUCACCCAGCCCCAGACACAUCACACAUGUAA